AUGGCACCCUCCAAACAGAACCAUGUUGCCAACGACGAUGAGCCAGUCUUCUUCCACGGCGACAAGGCACGUCCUUAUGGAAUCUUCUCGCAAUGGCACAAGUGCGACUUUACCGAUCCCAAGUAUCCGGACGUGACGUUCGACUGCGCAGAGCAAUACAUGAUGUACGGCAAAGCCCAGGUGUUCGACAGCCCUCAUAUCGCGGCCAAGAUCUUGAGCGCAACUUCUCCAAAGACUCAGAAGGAUAUAGGCCGUGAGAUCGAGGGAUUCUCUGAUGCCGUCUGGAACCCAGCUCGACUCGGCGUCGUGAAGCGUGGCAGCUACCUCAAGUUCUCCCAAAACGAGAAGCUCAAGAAGGUGCUGCUCGAGACUGGAGACAGAGAUCUGGUUGAGGCUUCUCCCAAAGACCGCAUCUGGGGGAUUGGCUACAGUGCAGCAGCAGCAAAGAGGACAUCAAGAGAUAGAUGGGGUCAGAAUCUCCUCGGUAUUGCCUUGAUGUAUGCAAGAAGGAAGAUCAGAGCCGAAGAGGCAGAA